AUGGCCUCAGUCACCGUUGAUUCCACCUCCGCCGCAGACGGUGGCCCUCCCCAGGUAGAUUCACUACCCAUUAUAGAUCUCCGGUUAUUCUCCCAAUCCGAACUAUAUUCCCUCUCCCAAUGCUCUUCCUCCGCCAUCGGUAUCCUCCGCUGUGAGGACGUGGUAAUUCCAAAGAUCGACAGGAGCGUCUUCAAUGAGUCUGCCGGCUCCCGCAAACAGACUUAUUCCCGCCUCCGCCUCGCUCCUGCCUCCUCUUCCUCCGUCGCCUCUUCAUCCGUCCCUCGCCGCCGCACUCCUCAUCUUCGUCCUACAGCCGUUGCGAACAUUAAUAAUGGUAAUUCAGAUCCUGAGAAGGAAGAAAAUUCGAGGAUUAUCUCUCUCCUUAAGCAAUUAUUUUUUUACAACUCUAACCCUGAAGAACUAAUCCCUGUUAAAGUAGAUUACUCGUAUUCCCUCCCCCAACAAUUACCGUCAUUUCCUUCCUCAUCGUCCUCCAAUGUCGUGGUUCCUGUUAACAAUAAACGGAAACGGGGCCCUUGUCGGGAAAUGAUGGAGAACAAUGCCAACUCUACUCUGGGGGUUAAUGCUAAUGUCGAUUUUUCUGAUGGUAAUCAUAAUAAGAAUGGUUUGAUUAUUAGUGAGAUUUUUGUGGGUGGGAAUGUGGGGGAUGGGGAUAGAGAUAGAGAGGCCUUAUUGAAUAGGGAUGGGGUGGAAGUGGAUUUGGUGGCUUUGGGGACAGUGGAUGAUCCAUAUGCGGAGGAAAUUAGACGGAGGACAGAAGGUUUGAAGAGCCAAGAGGAGUUAUUAAGGUUUUUGGAGGGGCUGAAUGGGAAAUGGGGAAGUAGCAGGAAGAAGAGGAGGAUUGUGGAUGCCAGCAUGUUCGGGAGCACAUUACCAAUUGGUUGGAAGCUUUUACUCUCUCUCAAGAAGAAGCAAGGACACGUGUGGUUGUAUUGUCGUCGUUACCUAAGCCCCAGUGGACAGCAAUUUUUGUCAUGCAAGGAUAUAUCUUCAUACUUGAUCUCUCUUCAUAGUGCCCAAGAUGCGAAUAAGGUUAAUUGUGCUGAGAAUAAUGAGAAUAUCAAUGAUGGCAAAAACUUGGCUUCUGCCAGUAUUGUGAAUGUUAUUAACCAAGAUGACAACAGAAAGGAAAACCUGGUUUGCCCUGCAUCAUCACUUUUUAUUUCUUCGACAUCUUCUAAUCAUGAAAUGCAAGUCACGUUGAAUGCUGGGGAUCAGCCAUCUGACAAAGUAGGAAAAUAUUUACAUUGUGACGAGUGCAAAAUGACUUUUACUGAGAAGGAUGAUCUAUUUCACCACCAGUUAUCUCUUCAUCGUAAAGAGAUAUACAAAAAUGCUCUGUCUCUCAAUGAUGUGGUAAUACUUAAAGAGGGAAAUUAUGAACACAUGUCCACCCAUAAAACAUCUAACGAAAUGAAUAGUUUCAAUGGUCGUAUCGGUGCUCAUGAGAGAAACCAUGUGAAAAGUACUGAAGAAUCACUAUUUGUUGAUGUGGGAGUUUGUGCUGACACCAGUUCUUUUUUUCGACAACCUGUUAGAGAGGUUAUGUUGAAAGGAUCAAUAGGUUCAGUGGGCAAUAAUAUUGCAAAAACUUCCUAUGUGAAUACCAGCAAUCAUGUUGGAGAUCGCAUGGCAGCUAAUGGCAAUUUAAGAGGAGUUGAUGAGGUUCUCUCAUCUAACAACGAGAACGAAGGUUUCCAUGAAAGUUCUGUUGAUGUUUGUAGAAGAAAAAUGGAAAAGCCUGAAGUUGAUGGCGUCCAAAAUGUCAGGACUAGUGAAAUGUCUCUUUCUUUUGGUAGUCAUAAUGAAGUAAAUUCAGAUGCUGUGCUAGGCAUCGAGGAGGAAAAAAUUCUUCAACCUUGCUCUUUUGCAUUUGAAACAGAGAAAAAUAUUAUGAAAGAAGAUGUCGUCCGGGUGAUCAGCAGUGCUGCGGAAGAGUGCAAACUGGAACCAUCUGGAAGUUUAUUGCUUACACAGUCUUGUGCUGCAGAAGUCUCUAAUGAGGCAUAUACUCUAAAUAUGAUCUCCACUACCUUUGAGAAUGAUCCUAAAUUUCAUUAUAUAGAAAACCCAAGAAAUUAUAAGCUGAGCCUUUCUUCUGGCUCUUCUGGCCAUCUCCAUACAAGCUCUGAUACAUUUGAACAGGAAAAAAAUCUACUAGGUAGUUUUAGUGUUCAAUGUGGCACCGAGAAAACGUAUUGUGUUCGAACUAAUUUUUGUGACAAUGUUAGUAGUGCAGUAGAGGAUACCAAACAAGGAAAACCUUUGGGGUUUGGUUUACUUGNUACCAAACAAGGAAAACCUUUGGGGUUUGGUUUACUUGAUUCGUCUUUAAACAACAAAACAUGGGAACUUGAAACUAGUUUCAGCAUGAAUUAUUCAGGCAGGGAUUGGGAUGGACUCAGAGGCAAUCAGGUGGAAAAUUCUGGCAACGGCUUCAUAAUUGGUUUUGACAGAAACAAUCUGCAGCCUGAUGAGGAUGUUAUGGCUGGCGGCCUUUGGACAACUGGUCGAGAAAAUGUUUCGCAGGGUUGUUUCACUGGUACUACAACACGAGUGCAACCAUCUAGCUGCUUUCAUGCAUUUGAUAUAAUGUCAAAUAAGGAAGCACAAGAAUUAUUUGAAGUUAAUACGAAGCAUGAUAUCAACACUAAUGCUGAAGGUAUAAGGGCAGGUGGAGCUGAACCAAUCGAAUACAGUUUUCUGGGUUCAAACGGUUCAAAUGCUAUUUCCAUGGAGUCUAACAUUUUUCCACAUGCUACAAAUAUGGAACAAGGACUCGAUUCCUCAUUUUGGCUGGAAAAUAAUGAUCUGAUGCCAAAAAUAGCGGACGGUAGGAGUAAGGGCUCUAGUGUUUGUGUUUGGUGCAGAAAUGUGUUCUACCAUGAGCCUAUCCAGCCUGAAAUGGAAGCAGCAGGUGCAAUUGGUUCGAUGUGUCCAGCAUGCAGUGCAAGGAUCCCAGGCCACUUUAAUGCUUCGUAG